ACCGGUUUGUUUUUUAGAUGACAUCGUAUUCAACUGUCCACAUCCAGUCGUUGCCGAAGAAAUCAUCUUCGACUACAGCGGAUGCAGUCCAGGUCAUCUCAUGAAGUUCCUAGCUUGUUCUACAAAGCUGAUAAAAAUCCUAAGGAAGGCUUACGCUAUCAGACUGACCAGUUUGCACUUGGUAAACGCACCGUCAACCAUCGAUCGAGCUAUGACCGUGGUCAAGCCCAUGCUGCAUCCCAAGAUUAGAGAAAGGGCAAGUUGA